UUCAUUUCAGACACACUUACCUGGAGACAUGGAAGUAAGAGUUUCCAACCAAAAUAGCUGGAAGAGAUGCAGUCUGACUCAGAACAGAGCUCCAUACAAGAGUCACACUAAAAAAGGACUCUUUUUGCUAUUUAUAUUUGCAUUCUUAGUUUUUGCUAUCUUUAACACAAUGGAUUACUCUUUCAAACCAGUUUUGCCCUCUAACACUAUGUAUAAUAAAGUGCUAAACCAGAUAAGCUACUAUUAUGUAGUGGUUGAGUUUCCUUCUGAUCGUGAGAAUAAAACAAAUUAUUUAGCACCUCUACCCAAAGCUAAUCAACAAGUUCUACAAAGAACCACAACUACCAUUGAAAUUUCAGUCACUGCAGAAUCCACUGUGACCAAACACAUUUCAGUUGAUCAUGUCGCUUAUCCACGCAACUAUCAUUUUAUCCUGGAUGAACCUGAUACAUGUCACCAGCAGAAUCCAUUCCUGGUCCUGAUGGUCCCUGUGGCCCCCCAUCAACUGGCGGCUCGGAAUGCCAUCCGGAGCACAUGGGGAAAUGAGAGCACAGUCCAGGGAAAAACAGUGAUGACAUUGUUCGUGGUGGGUUUGUCUGGAGGAGCCGACGCUGAUAACGUCCAACAACAGCUACAGGAAGAGAGUCGUCAACACCGAGACUUGCUGCAAAGUAACUUUGUCGACACAUAUGCCAAUCUGACCACAAAGACGAUGGUGAUCAUGGACUGGUUGUCCACUCGCUGUGCUCAAGCAACUUUUGGCAUGAAAGUCGAUUCUGACAUGUUCUUGAAUGUGGAGAAUUUGAUGACCCUCCUGUUGGCACCCAACACACUCCAACAGAACUAUAUUACUGGAAUGGUGAUGUGGAAUCAGGCUGUCAUCAGAAACCAAAACUCAAAGUGGUAUGUGGCAGAGGAAAUGUACCCAGACCCAAACUACCCCGUAUAUCUGCUGGGUAUGGGAUACGUUUUCUCCAACGAUCUUCCAAACAAAUUAGUUGAAGUUUCCAAGGACAUAAAGCCCUUUAACAUAGAGGACGCAUAUGUGGGUGCUUGUCUGAAACGGUUGGGCGUUCAACCCUCAAACCCCCCAGACCCCUCUCAAUUCAGAUCCUAUCUGGAAGAAUAUAAACGAGACGAAUUUCUCAGGGUCAUUACGACAAUCUUGAAUUCUCCGCAGCAGCUAAUCGAGUUCUGGCAUGAUUUAAAGACGCUCUCAUGAAGUUUUCCACCUUAAUAGCUAAUUUGGUGGUUAUCCGUUUUAAUUUACUUAAAUGAAAGACUUUUAUGCUCCAUAAAAGUUAAAUGAUACACUGACUCGGCAGCAACUGUAUAUAAAAUGCACACUAGGUUCACCCUGUUUUGUUCAGUUACAUUUUUGAAACAUGUUUCAGGCAUUUCUGUGUUUCAAAAAGACCAUUUUGAAGGAAUCCGUAGAUAAAGAAAUAAACAUUCACGUACCGUUACUGACUGGGGUAUUAGUUGUAAAUAAUUAAUUUAAAGACUCCAUUAAUUUCUUGACGAACGCAUCUUUCUGUCUUGAGUUGGUGUAUUUUCAAUUAAAACAAAGUUUUGGUGGGAAAAGAGCUUUAUGGUAGUUACAUGUCAUCUACUAUCCUACUUUCUAGUCAGUUGCAGGUGGUGUUAGGGGGAGGGACAUUGUCAUUCUAGAGAGCUUUUGAUUGGACAAAAAUCUGUGCAGUGCGAGAUAAGCUAGCUUUA